ACCACAAUCCAUAUUCACACUUCACAAUAAUUCAUUCACAAACACACACUUCCCUAUACAAACUCUCUCUUUUACCCAUGCACCUUCAUUCGCUUCCUAUCCCGACGGAUUCCCCAGCACCGUCGUCCAAACCCUCGUCUUCAAAGGAGUCCCAUUUCAGAGGUGUCCGGAAGCGUCCAUGGGGCCGCUUCGCCGCCGAGAUCCGUGAUCCAUGGAAAAAGACCCGCAAGUGGCUAGGCACUUUCGACACAGCAGAAGAAGCCGCCAGAGCCUACGACGAUGCUGCCAGGGCCCUCCGUGGACCCAAAGCCAAAACCAACUUCUCAUACUUCGUCACUCCUACGAUUCUUCCAAUGCAUCCAACCCUCGACGGUGGUAAUGGGAGACAUGUCGCGUUUUGGGGUCCUCCGGUUUGUUUCACGGCGGGUGCUCCGGUGAGGUCGGAAUACAAAGGUUACAAGUUGGAGAAUAUUGUGGCGAGUAAGGGGAAGGUGGAGGAGAAGAAGAAACCGUUCUUGUUUGACCUUAACUUACCGGCACCGCUUGUUUGAACUUGCCGGCGGUUUGGAUUGGACGGUGUAAAGGACAGACAUAACAGUGGUUCAAUUGUUUGUUUUGUUUUUAAUUAACCUUUUUGCAUGUUGUGGAUUUUGGUUUGAUUCUACUCUACUAUGUUGAUGUACAGUUUAAUGAAUAGGUUUUAGGUUUUGAAUCCUGUUUUAAUUAAUUAUUCACAAAUGGUAGUAGCAUUAAACAUCUGUUUAUUUU